GGUAUAGGGAGGGGGCACAAAACAAGAAAACGACAGGUCGCAAUAAGCUUGAGGACGUUUCGGAGAAGCUGGUUAGUCCACCGGAUAAUAUCAAAGCGAAGGGACAUUUAACUUCACUCGACCAUCGAAUCUAAGGUUUGGCUAUUUGUUGAGGGAAAGAAGGAGCGCCUGAGUUUUCGAUAAAGAUCGUCACAAUUUUCUUCGCAAUGCAAAGACCGGGCGGCCAAGGGACGGCGUUUUCGAUUGACUCCUUGAUAGGAACUCCGCAACCUCGCCCGGGACACCUGCUCUACACGGGCUACCCGAUGUUUAUGCCAUACAGACCCUUAAUGAUUCCUCAAUCUUUAUCUCAUUCACAUUUACCAUCUGGCAUACCUCCUUUGGCGCCGUUGGCAUCUUUCGCCGGACGUCUUACCAACACAUUCUGUGCGAGUUUGGGACAGGGGAUGCCGUCCAUGGUGGCUCUCACCACAACACUGCCAAGUUUUUCCGAUCCGCCGGAUAGUUUCUAUCCUCCCCAAGAGCUCCCCGGACCUCGGUUAAGUGCCGACCCUGGAACGAGGAGACAGGAGAGCCCACACUCAGAUGAUCUCCAUGGAAGGGACAAGGGGUCGGAUUUACUCAACUUCUCGGAAACUUUUCAAACUAUACCAGGUGAGACUAAAUUGUACAGCUCAGACGAUGAGAAGUUGGACCUCAAAUCAGCGGACACAGCUUGCAGUGACAGAGAGGACAGCUCUGCCGUUGACAGCGAAAACGAAAGCGUAUCCGAUGGGAACAACUGUGGUGCUUUAUCCCAAAAGAGUAAACUAAAACCCGGGUCGCAGGAAGCUCUACCGCCGGGAAGCUCAGUGGGGAAGAGCAGGAGGAGACGAACAGCUUUUACAAGCGAGCAGCUACUUGAACUUGAGAAGGAAUUUCAUUGUAAAAAGUACCUUUCGCUUACCGAACGAUCUCAAAUAGCACACGCACUUAAAUUGAGCGAGGUGCAGGUCAAGAUUUGGUUCCAGAAUCGUAGGGCCAAGUGGAAAAGAAUCAAAGCUGGCAACGUGAAUAACAGAUCUGGAGAGCCUGUGAGAAACCCCAAAAUUGUGGUCCCAAUCCCAGUGCACGUCAACAGGUUUGCGGUGAGGAGUCAGCACCAACAGAUAGAGCAAACAAGGCCAUGACGAACUAUACUGGCCUAAACUCAUUUUGACAAAAUAAAGUUAUGGGUUGUUAAAUGCAUGAAGCACAAAAACUGGAUGAUAUUUUGUGGUCAGAGAGAUUACUUUACAUCAAGAGACAUGUCAUAUCAACUGGACAACUAAGGAUCAUAUGUUUUCUCUCCGCAGAUUAAUUCAUUUUUUUUGUGGAAUUAGGCCUAUCUCAUAUUUUAUUUAUUGUUUUGUUAAUUUGUAAAUAGUAUAUGUGUCGGGUGACACGGACAUGCACUAUGAAAUGAGAUUGUAAAAAUUCUUUUCUAAAAUAUUUAUAUCUAGCUAGGGCCUAUAAAUGUUAUGUUUAUAAUCUGCAUGUGCUUUACUCGUUCGGUGAAGCUAUUUCAAACUUCUCGUAUUUGGAACCGUUUUGUUUAUCACAUGUUGCAUGUACCUGACAACGUUUUCAUUUUGGUAGGCCACUGUAGGAAUUGUAUUCGCCAGCUGUUUGUGGAAAAAAAAGAUGCGAAGGAAAAUAAAUAACCAAACAAAGAAAUACUGUAAAGUAUAUUGACUUAAUAAAUCCAUUUAUAUUAAAUGUAUCUAUCUAAAUGCAUUAUUAUUGCUGGUUAAGCUGUAGUUUUAGAGAUGGCGAUUUGU